GCUGGAAUGGUGUAAACUGGUAAAAUGACGCCUCAAGGAUUGGACUCAUCCAGUUCGGCGCCUCGUAGCCAGUUGUAUAUAGCAACCAUCCGCUCCGGCCCGAAAGUCUGCUGAGCUCGAACCUCGACAGCUCUCUGGCAAACAUCGCCUUGGGCUUUGGAUAUCAACCCUGCAUCGUGCGGACCCCCUCCGUCUCCCCAGCUCACCGCACCAACAGCUGCCCGCACCCCUACCGCGAAUCAUGACCACUAUUUCGGAAUCCCUACCGCCCGGGGACCCGGCCCCUGAGCUUCUAGAAAACCGGAUCUGGAUAGACGGCUGCUUCGAUUUCUUCCAUCAUGGCCACGCCGGCGCCAUAGUUCAGGCCCGGCUAUUGGGCGAUGAGCUCUACAUUGGAGUCCACUCGGACGAGGCCAUCCUGGACAACAAGGGGCCCACCGUCAUGACGAUGGAGGAACGGCUAGCUGCCGUCGACGCAUGUAGAUGGGUCACGCAGUCCGUCCCUAAUGCACCCUACGUGACAGAGCUCGACUGGAUCUCGCACUUUGGGUGUAAGUAUGUCGUGCAUGGUGACGACAUCACGUCAGACUCGAGCGGUGAGGACUGCUACCGCUUCGUCAAAGCUGCCAACCGCUUCAAGGUGGUCAAGCGCACGCCAAGCAUCUCGACUACAGACUUGGUCGGCCGCAUGCUCCUGUGCACCAAGACGCACCAUAUCCGCUCCCUCAAAGCCGCGCUGGCCGGAACCGAGGGCCCCGGCACUGCUGCCGAGCGCGACGCCCAGGGCAUGGCCAUGACGGAGCGCAUUCGUCUCUACGCCACCGACGAGACCGCCACGAAACCCGGCGUCGAUGUCUGGUUCUGGUCCGCCUCCGAGGAAGCCAAGCAGCUGGACGACGCCGAGGAGAAGGGCUCGUUCCGCGAGAUGAUCCCGGCACCGCGCCCGCGUCCGGGACAGCGGGUUGUUUAUGUCGAUGGCGGCUUCGACCUCUUCUCGAGCGGCCACAUCGAGUUCCUCCGCCUUGUCGUCAAGGAAGAGGAGGAUCUCGCGCGCAAGGAAGGCUGGUAUUCGCAACAGGCCGUCGAUGAACGCAAAGGCAAGGGCGCCGACUAUCCGCCCGUCUACGUCGUGGCCGGAAUCCACGAUGACAGCGUCAUAAACCACUGGAAGGGCGUCAAUUAUCCCGUCAUGAACAUAUAUGAGCGGGGGCUGUGCGUGCUGCAGUGCAGGUACAUCGACGCUGUUGUGUUCGGCGCACCCUUCACGCCGACAAAGUCUUAUCUCACAUCCCUUCCGUGGGGCACCCCCGACGCCGUAUACCACGGGCCAACGUCGUUCAUGCCCCUGACGUACGACCCGUACACGGCACCCAAGGAGAUGGGCAUCUACCGCGAGAUUGGAGGGCACGGGUUUGCAGACGUCAACGCGGCCACCAUCGUGCAGCGCAUAAUGAAGAGCCGAGAUCUGUACGAGGCGAGGCAGAAGGCCAAAGGGAUGAAGGCCGACCUGGAGAAGGCCCACCGACAGCGGGAGAUGCUCGAGGAAGAGCAGAGGAAGAAGGAGGCCCGUUAAGCUGACCGACUACCUCUGUGAGGUGGUGAGAUAAGAUGCUGUCGUUAUCAUUACUCAUAUCUCUCAUUCUUGGCGCAGUCAAGCUCCGACAGAUUUGGGUGUAUUUCACCGUCAGUCUGGAAUAGCAGUCGGAUUUCCGAAUGCUAGAAAUGGUGGUAAGAGCUGCAGGCGGGGAAAAGCUCCGAGGUAAUAGCGGCCAGAUAUAAUCCAACAAAUAUGGUUGUCCGUCGCACCUCACGGUGAUAUGACGCAGGCGGGCUGAAAGGUGCCGUUCUCUCAUUCACUGGAUUGUUGGUCGUUGACUGUGUAACUCAGCACCUCCGUAACACAGCGCACCCACCUUACAGAGAGGGGUUAGGUACCGUGUAAUCCAAAUGGUUUGAGGGGCGUCCAAGACACUGAAGUAAUGGCCUCAAUUGUGA